AUGGCUGAACAAGACCCCACGACAUUUGGCCCUGCUCCUCUGCGAUCAGCCCUGAAAUCUGAUGGCGAUGGCGACAGGACGCCCCCAGCCAGCGGUGCUCUGAAAGCUGUGCAAAUUGCCGAGCCUGUUCCUGAUUUCGAAGAAGAUCCCCAGACCAUCAAGACCUUCCGCGCAGGACUGAGCCGUCGACUAAGUGGCAAGUCUGCAUCGGGUAAAUCUUCAAUUACCGAAGGCUCGCCAGCUCUGCGCCCCGAUGACGAUUCGGCGCACUCCUCUGGUCAUAAUCACUCGCAGAGGCACCAGUAUUACGCUGAGAAGCUGCUGGCUCAAGUUUCCGACUGGUUGGAGCACGAAAAGCGAAAAAAGACUGCCUCUCGCAAACCCAUUUCUCGUCGCCAGUCAAAGUCACCUCCUGAUCGAGACCGUUCGACUCUCGCAACCCCAGCUCGUGACAGGUCUGACUCUGUCGACUCGCAAUCCAGCGACGUGUCUUUUGAGAAACUCGAGCACAUCUUGCAAGAUUCUUUAGCAUCGCUUGGUCUGAGCUCCAUUCCGCAACAUCCUCCUAAACUCUCCCGCCGGCGCCGUGCCAACUCAAAGCCCAGCUUAAAUCGUACAGCCUCUUCUGACACUGAUUAUCUUGACGGCGAUGCUAUUGUGCCAAGCUGUGACGCCUGGUUGGACAAUUCCAAAACGAUGAGCUACACUGGUGGUGUUGCAAGCGAGAAUGACACGCCGGGCGGCCAGGCGUACGAAAAUGAUCCUUGGCUCACAUUCAAGAAUGACAUCAUCCGUAUUGCUCACACUCUUAAGCUGAAAGGAUGGAGACGCAUCCCCCUGAAUAGCGGCGACACCAUCACAGUUGAGCGACUAAGUGGGGCUUUAACCAACGCAGUUUAUGUCGUAACGCCUCCAGUGGAUCUUGCUGAAAUCGAGGGCAAAAGGACUCCCCCAAAACUACUUCUGCGUGUCUAUGGCCCUCAAGUGGAGCAUCUCAUCGACCGUGAAAACGAGCUGAAGGUUCUCCAGCGUCUAGCACGGAAGAAGAUUGGUCCUCGACUUUUGGGAACGUUUCAGAAUGGCCGGUUUGAGCAGUUCUUCAACUCCAUCACGCUGACGCCUGCUCACUUGCGUGAACCAGACACCACCAAGCAAAUUGCCAAGCGAAUGAGGGAACUGCACGAUGGUGUCGAACUCCUUCCCCUUGAACGCGAUGGUGGCCCCGGAGUGUGGAAGAAUUGGGACCAGUGGGUGGAAAAUGUAGCCAAGAUUAUGGCCUAUCUUGACAGGCAAUUGGAUACCGCCCCCCCUCCGCUAGCCAAGCCCGACUCUGUCGUUCACGCCUGGAAAGCCAAUGGCUAUGUGUGCGGAGCGCCUUGGGAGCGGUUCCUAGCCAUGGUAGUCAAGUACCGAACCCAUUUGGCCAACUGCUACAAGCCCAAGGAAAUUAUCAAGGAGCGAUUGGUGUUUGCACAUAACGAUACUCAGUACGGAAACAUUUUGCGUAUUAAGCCAGACGACGAAAAGUCGCCGCUGCUUCAACCGGCCAAUAAGCAUAAGCAGUUAGUUGUUAUUGACUUUGAAUAUGCCGGCCCCAAUGUUCCCGGUCUCGAGUUCGCCAAUCACUUUACGGAGUGGACGUACAAUUACCACGAUCCUGUCACUUCCUACGCCUGCAAUCAUGAGAGAUACCCAACUCCUGAAGCGCAACGACGUUUCAUCAAGGCCUAUGUUGACCAUCGACCGCAAUUUCCUGUUGCUUGCUCGACUCCCCGGAUCAAGCCCCAGGAUAGCGGUCCACCUACUCCAUCUCUAGGCCCUACGCCUUCAUCCAGCUCCAUCGUUGAUUUUAUGCUUGAUGCCCGCGUCCCGCCCGGCGGCUGGAGCGCCGCCGAACGUGCGCGGGAAGAACAGAGCGAUGCACACGUACGGCAAUUAAUGGAGGAAACCCGCCUUUGGAGACCUGCCUGCAGCGCCUUCUGGAUUGCAUGGGGCAUUGUACAAGCCAAGGUUCCUGGUCUGGACGCCAACAAUGAGUCCGUGUCUGAAAAGGAGGCCGCAAAAGCCGAGCAAGAGUUGGGCCCUGAUGAAUUUGACUACUUGAGCUAUGCACAGAGCCGGGCCUUUUUCUUUUGGGGUGAUUGCGUGCAGAUGGGAUUGGUCAAACCUGAGGAAUUGCCCGAGAAGUUGAGGUCAAUGUUGAAAAUUGUUGACUAUUAG